AUGAAAAAACAUAAAAGAAUUUAUAUGCCUGAACAAAAGGCCGCAAGAAAUGAAGCUAAAAGAAAAAGAUUAGCUUCAAUGCCACCUGAAGAGCAGUUAAAAAAUCAAAAUACAUUACCACUACCACUUGCUAGCCAGCUUUCUGAUAAUGAUCACAAUCUUUUAAAAAAUUUUCGUAAUGCGGUUGUUGCACUUAGAUUUAAUUUUUGUUCUACUUGUAAAGAGAGUUUUCCUACAAUUAUGUUAGUAAAAACAACAGGAUUAUGUUCUAGAUGCAGUAGAGAAAGUUUGAUUCCAAAAAGGUUCUCAGCUGAGAAUGAUAUAGAUCCAGAAAUUCUUGCUGAACUUCCUCAACUUAGUCAGGUUGAAGAGAUGCUCAUCACACAGAUUCUUUCUAUACUAACCGUCUACAAGCUUCAAGAACUUAUUACAAAAUUACCUCAAAAUCCUUCGACAAUUGAUGCUUUAGUUAUUCGAAAAUUUGGACAGAAUCUUACUUCAUUUCAAGAUUUUAAAGAUAUAUUACAAACUAUUCCAGAAGAUGGUUUUAUAUUUAAUCGAUUAAAUACUAUAUACGAUAAUAAUUUGAGCAAAGAUAUGGCUUUUUUAAAUAAUAAUGACAUUCUCAGUACUUCUGAAGACUAUAUUAAACAUUCUUUUAUACCCAAUUCAGUUUCUAAAGAAACUGAAGAAGUAGCUACAUAUUCUGAAAUUAAUCAACUUGUAAAUUUGAAUUCCAAUAUCCUGAUUAACUGGCCUACUAUUAAAGAUAAUCCUAUAAAUGAAUUUGAGGAAGUUGGCUAUAUAAUGAAAGCAUUUCCUACCUUAUUUCCUAAAGGAAAAGCAGAUUUACGUAGUACUCAACGAUAUCGUCAAGUAUAUUCUGCUGAAUAUUUUGAACAUUUAAUUAAAUAUCAUGAUAGAAGAUUUGUACAACAUAAAAGAUUUCAUUAUUUUGCAUUAAACUCUAUAAUGAGAUGA